UGCAGACCGCAACGACGCUGUCGUGCGAUACUUCGUCUGGUGGCCAAAAUAGCUCGUCGUGUGCACAACGUAUGCGCACGGAUCGCUUGGACAGUGAUGCGAGUAGUUGCCUGUAUGCUCCUCACUCAUGCCUCUGCUCUCCUGAGGAGCAGUGGUCUGCGACGCGCCUCUGCGACAGCACUCCAUGCGAAAAAGCGAAAGGCGAAAAACAAAGAACCACCGAAGCGCGCGGAAUUACCAAAAGGCGCCGCCCGGCCGAAACUCAUAGUGUUCGACCUCGAUAACACGCUCUGGCAACCGGAGUUGUAUCAAAUGCGAGGCAAGAAACCCAAAGCAAACAAAGACAUCAAGCUGACGGCUGGAGCGCUAGACGCACUGCACGACCUGGCGGGCGAAGGCUGGGAAAAGACGCAAGCGGCCGUGGCAUCGCGCGCGACCGCUACGGACUGGGCGGAGAAGCUCCUGGCCGACUUUAAGCUCGACCACGGCCAGUCCAUCGCGACGUUAUUUUCUUACAGAGAGAUCUACGAGGGCAACAAGCGGAAGCACCUGCAGCGGAUCCGGGAGGCGUCGGGCGUCGCUUAUUGUGACAUGAUCUUUUUCGACGACUACACCGAGAACCUCGGCGACGCGGCGCAUCUAGGAGUCAUGGGCGUCCACUGCCCGCGCGGCCUGACCCACGAGCACUGGGAAGGUGGAUUGCGGGCCUACGCCCGUUUAAAAGCUCAGGACACGUCCUUCAUGGGGCGCAUGUUCACGCUGCGCGACCUCCGCGAGGCGGACUAACUAGCUUUGUGAUGUGAUUCACAAAAAG